UUCGGAGAACCAUCCCAUCGUACAUCCCACAAUUCAUCGCUCUUGCGGAGGGAAAUUGCCGUAAUGUCUACCAAGGGCCUUCGUUGUGCAGGCACAACCACACGGCUGAGUUUGACCGGCGAUUUUCGGUCAAAUGCCGCUGUCAGCGCAACAGAUCAAGGAAAAACUGCUAAGUGCAAUCGAUCAAGAUGCGAAUGUGGUUGAAAUGGGCCACGUCUUGGAGGCCAUCCAUGUAUUGGAGAAGACCUUCAUUCCCAAAGAAUCUCUUGAAGAAACACGAUUAGGUAAACUUGUAAAUGAUAUUCGAAAGAAAUCAGCCGACAGAGAACUGACAAACCGUUGUCGGAAAUUGGUCCGUCAGUGGCAAAAGCAACAUUUAAAAAAUUCCAAUGGCAGCAGCAAUUCUCCACAGGCAAACCAAAGAACUCCCCCUAGUUCUGCAGGGGCAGUUGCCUCUGCUCCAGCUUCAAACCCUGCCUCCUCAGAAUCCCUUUCCCUUGUGCAGGAAGGCGCUCCUUCACAACCUAGUGUCGAUAAAACAAAUCCUGCCAAUCGCAAGAGGAGGAAAGCUGAAACUUCUUCACCCAGAGAAGGGCAGCCCUCUGCAAAACUUGUCAAAUCCUCUAAAGUUCAUGACUCUAAUGGUAUUCCAAGAGAAGGAAAAACAGUAAAGUCAGGUUUGAAAAAGACAAAUGAAAAUAAAAACAAACAUGUCGGAUUAGCAUCCCAUCAAAAGCUUUCAAAAUCCGGACAAUCUGUUUCUAAUCUAUCGCCCUCUAUCUCCAAGAGGACAUCAUCGCCCAAUGUUAAUUCUUUAGAAAAUGCCAAAAGAUUACCAAAAGUUAAGUCAAGUAAUUCAUUAGGAAUUGCCGAAGGUAGUAAAUCAGCGAAAUCAUCGCCCGGCUUGUUGAAACCGGAAACCACAAAAAGCCCUUCGUCUGCACUUGGUAGACUAAAAGCUUCACCGAAAUCUAGGUUCUCGCCAAAAAUAAGCAAUACCUUAAAAGAUGGAAAGAGAAAUAAUGUUGUCUCACCCGCAUUUGCUUCUGUUUCGCAUCCUAGAAGGAAGGAGGAAAAAACAUCUGCUGCACCUCCAAUGCAGUCAAUAUUUGAUGAUGAUUCUAAAGUGAAGACAAAAUCCAUAUUUGAUGAUGAUGAACAUCAUCUUUAUGGAGAUUCAAGCCUCGAUAGGUCCCUAAGAAGUGAUGAGAAAUUUGAGUCUUCUUCACGUACACACUCUCUAUUUGAUGAGGAUGGCGAUGUUGCAAAUGAUUCAACUAUUUAUAUGAAAAGCAAUCAAGAUACUCUUGAGAAAAAUAGUUUAUUGUUCAGCAGCAAACACGUAGACAAUGUUUCUCAUAGUCAAACAUUUGUUGAUACUGAAAGUAACAUAAAUGCAUUAAGAACUAGCCCACCGCUAGAAUCAAAAAUGGAUACUUGUCUCACAUCUUGUUCAAUGAAGCAAGAGCAUGAAGGCACUAUACAAAGAAAUGAUAUAUCUGAAGAACCUGUUCGUAUAGUAACAGAAGGUGAAAUCGAUAGAAUACAUACCACGCAUUGGUCUGGUGUGAAUGGAUGUUAUGAUUUAGAAAGACAAUGGCAUGGUUGGUCCAGUGGUUACUCUAUACCCCACGAAAAUAGUGGGGACAAUGCUUUACAUAUAUUACCAUAUGUUUGCUUAGACUAAUUUGUUUUUUUCCUUGUGAAGGUUUCAACUGUGAAAAUUAUUUUUUUUUGUGGUAACAUUUAAUGUUAAAAUUGAAAGAUGAUGUACUAUAAGAAUUAAUGUUGAUGUUGAAGGGAUUUUUAUAUGCUCUUUGACAUAGCAGUACUCUUCCAAUGAUUUGGAACAUUCCUAAAAUUAAUAGUUUUUUAACAAUUUGUUUAAAUAAUUUCUUUUAUUCUACUUUUUUUUCCUGCACUACCACACUUUCAUUAACAGCUCCCUCUAGAGAUUUUGUUGAAUCGUUUAGGGUUUGGCUAGCUUAAGUGCUAUUUCCCUCUAUAAUCAUUUAUGAAUAUAUCAAAAAAUUAAAUACCGAUAAUAUAGCUGUUAAACCAACAGGUAAACAGUCAACAUUAAGAAUGUGUAACUGCUAUCUGAUGCAUUAAUGUUUGCAGUUUACAGACACUGCAGUUUCCACAAAGUACAUAUCCAGAUUCGUACCUAAAAGUAUCAUGAACUGUGUAGCUCUGCCUUUCCAGUGUUUGUCUUUUUGACACUCAAGGUUAAAGGUUAUUUUUUAUAGCAUACAACAUACCAACACUAUAUGCUAUAAAAAAAUUUGGCUAAUUUUUGCAAAUUAAUUACAUUAAUUCAAUUCAGGGUGGGUAUGGUGUGUUAAUUCCAAGUUUUGUUUUAUGCAUUUUUUGUUUGUUAUAGAAUUAUAAAGCAUUUGAACUAUGACCUCAGACAAUAAUGUACUUUUAAAUUAGUUGGGUGUUUAGUGAGUGAAAGAAAUAAACAUUGCUUUCUUAUUCACUAGCAUAGCAUAUAUGAAUCAUUUUCUGUGUUAAGAUCAUUGUGGUUCAUGGUAUAUGGAGGAUAUGAAUGGUAAUACAUUUUGUUUGGUAGCUGAGAGUUACGCAGUGUUGGAAAGUAUGUGAUUAUUGAGUAAUUAUCUUCCAGUUAGAAAACCAAUAAGAAAGUAAUUUGAAUUGGAGCUGGGCAUUUCAUAUGCUUCUCUUCCUAUCACCAAACAUCACCAAAAUACUGUGUUGGACUUCCAUUUUUGGUAUUGAAGACCUAUGAAAUAGGUACAUUGUGUAGCUACUUGAAAAUUGGAUGAUAAAGGUGGGAUGCAUUGUUUUUGAAGGGCGCUUCUAAGGCGCUUAUGUUUGAAUUACUUAUAGCGGGCUGUGUCUAGGCGAAUUGUAAAUUGUACGGUAGGAUGUAUAGCAGAGGAAAUUGAAAAUUAAUACAAUAAGCAGAGUAUUGUUAGUGAUAUAAAAUGUGUUUGAGGAGAAAGUAUCUUAGUUUUUUACUUGUUACUGAUGAAAUUUAAGCUAGACACUCACUGCAUUUUACGACCGUCGCACGACGAUUCCAACUCUUCUGCCUUUAAUCACUGCACCAUGUAAAGCCAUCUGCUGAUUAUCGGUGGUCGUCUGAGCGGAUUGUCAUUGCGUCGUCCAGUUGAGUUUUUCAUAGAAUCGAGUCAGCCGACGACCGUCGAGGGCGGUGAGUGCCCGGCUUAAGGGAAAGCAAAACAUGGUCAUCAGUGAUUUACUAUCAAAUUCUAUUGUAUUGGCCUGUAAUGUGUAUAGAAAACAAACAAAUUUAUAGUAAAUUUAGUUUUAAUUUUCAUGUAAAAUAAGAGUUGAAUUAUAUGAAAAUUUAAACAGAUAAAAGGGUAUGCCUAUAACUAUAUUAUUUUUUUGGUCUAAUUUUUGUUUUUCACUUGCAUUUAUUUUGCAAGUUGUUUCGCCAAAUAACGGGCUAUGAUUUCUAACGGCAACGUAGAACAUUUUAAUGUUCAAUACAUGUAAACAACGCAACCCACAACCACCCCACAGACAAAGCUGAAACGUUGCCCUUGUCCAGUGGCCUAUCGUAUCAUUGAUGCUCUCGGUUUGGUCUAAUUUUAGUUUUCAUUCGCUUUAAUUUUGAAAGCCCAUUUGCCAAAUUCAUCAUUAAACUAUAUAAAAGUGUCAUAAAAAAUAGGUCUGAUUUGGAAGUAAUUGAACCCAGGUACCUGGAAUUGAAUGGAGAGCACUUAAUCACAACGUUUACUGUUCCAAGUAUGCCAUAUAAUAAAUUUUUAAAAAUGCUAUAUGUUUGAAGUGAUUUUUGUAAAUGAUAUGUACACCCUUGUACAGUAUUGCCUUCUGUAUGUUAACGCACCUGAAUGUUAACAUGUCAGUUCAAUUAAUAUAUACAUUUAUGAAUGCAGCAACAUAUUCGAAGAAACUUACUGAAUGGAAUUUUUUGGAAAAAUGUUUAAUGAUGAAAUUUAAAAAAUAUUUUCUGUUCUGGUGAUUUUGCAAAACUCUAGCAGAUUUUCUAAAUUUUAAACUUCGAAAACAGCUUUCUAAAAAAAAAAUGAUGUCUAUCCUAAUUCGUCUUUAUGACUUAAUUAUGGCCAGUGGUAGUAAUAUGGUAUGAAAUUUGCCUCUUAGAAAAUUUUCCGUAUUUUUCAUUCCGAUGUGUGCUUUGGUACCUAUUCCUUAAUUCUUCAUAUUAUUAAUGUUAUGUUUUUUGGAUUAACAAAACUUUGUUACAAUCUAAUGGGUAAUGGAGAACAGUAAACAUUUUUGUCAUCUAUAAAAACGCCAAAUAUAUUUAUUUUAUAAGGUUCAGUUUUGACGCAUGUUGUGAAUUUACAUAUAUGGAUAAUUUGUAUGUUAUGUUUAAAUUGUAAAUACUUCAGUAAACUGGAACAUAACAUACAAGCUUUAAUUUCCAACUUCGAACCAAUUUCCAAGUUCAUUUGUAUUAUGGAUAGUAUUAUACUACAAUCAGGAUGAUAUCUGACCAACAUCUAUGAUAGAUUUCUAAUCUUACGUUUUGUCCAUACUAUCAAAUUUUCUUUGACAUAAAUCUAUAAAUCUGUUGUAUGCCCAUAUUUAGUCAUGAUGUGAUGUCACCAUGACCAUAUUUCUCAUGUCAUGUUUCUUGGAAUUGCUGCUCUCUGUCAACAGCUAAAUCACUGUAAGCAUAUGUUAACCCAUCAGUGCACCUGCGUUUUCUGCCAUUUAAAAAAAAAAAUGAAAACAUCCUCGCUAGUGUCCCUGUGAAUGGCUAAACGCACAUGUAUAGAAUGUACUGUUAUAUCAUGGAGCUGACAUUUGCAUAUCUUAUUUGCAUAUUUUUUGUCAAAUUGAGUUAUAACAAUUUCGUAUUUCGAAUGAUUGGUUUGUUAAUUUCAGUGCCUUUGUUAUAAGCUUACAAUUUUUGUUGGUAAGAUUUUAGUUCUGUUCAUUCUUGAGAUGUUUUUUUGCAAUAGUCUAUAGGUUGCACUGUCUGUUACGAAUAGCCAAUAAUUUGGUGAGCUUUGUCUUUACUUUAUAUCGCACCUAUGUUGUUUAGGAGUAAAGUAUCUUCACUGUACAUAUGUACAAAGGAUUACUAUACACUUAAUUAUCGCUUAGUUUUUUUUAUCUGGAUAAUACGUACCUUGGCUAAUGUGAUAAAUUAGGAGCUGUCUUUGGUUUAUUACCAUUAGAAAAAAAAAAAAAGAGCCAAAGCUGAAAGUUUAUUUUAGGGUAUUUAUUUAUUUUUUUCCCCCAAGAAUUUUAAUGGUACCUUGUGUAUAAGCACAUUGAACAUGCUGUUUUUUUGUACAAGGCAAGUUUGUACAAAAUUUGGCAAUUUUGUUAGUAUAACGGUAAUAUAUUUCCAAAUUUGUAUCAAAUAAAAUGGUUUACAACCUUUUUGGAACAUUACCAAAACUGCAUAGAUUGUAUGACAGUGGGUAUUUUCAUGGCUGAAAAUCUAUGUGUAUAUUACCAUGACAACCACUGGGCUUGGAUGAGUUUCUUAUCCUAAGUUCAUCUUUUUUAGUGCCCAAGCUACAUAUUAGUAUCAUAUGGGCCUCUGUUAAACAUUUGUUUUUUUAAAUACAUAUUUGUCCAACUGAAGAAUGUGGCCUAAUAUGAAGAAAAUAUGUAAUUUUUUAUUAAUUUUAUUAUGGUAAUAUUAUUAUUAUUAUUAUUAUUAUUUUUGUAUUGACUUUUGCACUUAUUGCUUAAUAGUCACGAGCCUGUGACGUAAGAGAAUAAUGCUGAUUAAAGUUAUAGUACAAGAUUUACAA